UGAGUGUUUAAGCUCUUUUAAUUUAAUUUAAUUAUUUUCGGGAUUUUCCAUGACAUUAGUCGUACAUGGCUGAAAAAUUGCUUAAAUUUUAUGGCUGGAUUCUCCAUCUUAAGGGUUUUGGUGUGGUUUAAUUCAAUUUUUAUCCCUUAAAUUUUUUAAUGGUUUUAUGCAUCUGAUUAGGUGAGGCUGAUGUCUAAAAAUAAAGCCAUUUGCUAUCCGUUUUGCAAAGUUAUGCAUGAUUUAUCUCUCUUUUUUUAAUUUUUUGUGGUUUGUCCGAUUGAUUCUUUACUUGCGAUUGGUAUGAUUCUUGUUUUUAACAUCAGAUCAUGUGGAUCUGUUGUUAAAAACAAAAAUUGGGGAAUUUGAAUCGGUAUAGUUACAAACUCUUUGAAGCCUAAUUGGGUAAUUUUCGCCCGGCUAUUUGUUGUGCAAUAGUUUUCAGGUAGCUUAAGAGACCUACAAGGAGCACGGUGAUUUUUUAAAAUGGACUGAGAUGCUUUGUUGAUGUGAUGUUCUUUGUGUGAUCUCUGAGAUAUGGUGUUGCAGAAGAGGUUAGAUUUUGGGUUUAAUGGCUAUCAGCUGCCCUAUAUGCCUAGAGCUACCAGAUCAGCUAGGAGGAGUUCUUUCAAAAAGCGAGGAGAAGACAAUCAAAUGUGUGCGUUUGACUUACUGGCCACCGUAGCUGGAAAGUUAUUGCUUGAUAAGCAAACUCCUCCUAUUUCCAGUAAUGGAUCAACUGAUGAAAAUCAGUCUGCUGUUGUAAAAGAUUCUCAAAAAAAAGAAAUGCAGGAUGAAAACAAACAAUGGAAAGUAGAAACACCUAAUCAAGGAAGCUGGGAUAGGGGAUUCUGUGUCUCUGAGCUUGUCUCACCAGCUCAAGAUCAGAAAUAUAGUCGUAAGGAAUCCCCUUGUAACCAGGAAGAUGCCCCUUUGAGACUUGCCUCUGUAAUUACAACUUCUGAUUGUUCUGAGGGUUUUGUUGAUCAGAAGUUGGUGAAUGGCAAAGCCAAGAAUGAAAUGGGAAUCUUAGCUAGCAAAGUAGAGGUAGGCCCCUCUGGGUACAGGGAGUAUGGGGAUUGUAAAAUAGAGGUUGAAACUAAAGAAUCUAUAAAAGAUGAGUUACAUAAGACUGGCAAGGUGCAAUUUGGUACAAAGGUUGGGGAUGGGAAAUCUCCUGCAUUAGUUAGUUCAGAUAGUAGUGUCAAGUUGCCUUUGUGCAGGGACGACAGUCCCCAUAAUUCUUUUCCCGUAAGCCAGGAUUAUGUAAAUGUAGUUAGUCGAGAUGAUGACGAAAAUUCUUCUGGGUGUACUCACCCAAAUACCACCAAAAAAUCCUCUAGGCCCGCGCCAUGUAUUGGAGACAGGAGAAUAAGGAAAAUAUUGGCUUCUAAAAAUUGGAAAGUAGGCCCAAAAUUGAAGGAUGUAACACUUUCUAGUACUGAUGGUGAACUGAGGUCUGUUUACCGAAGUAGGAAUAGCUGUUACAAAAGCAUAAGAUCUGAAAGGAAUUAUCCUAUCAAGAAAAGGAGACUCUUUAACUAUAGCUCAGAAUCAAAUUAUGAUGGAGGAAUUAGUGGCGAGGGCAUUUGUGUUUCACCUAAGAGGGUCAUGAAUGAAGAUGUUUCUGGUUUGUGUUCAAAGAUGCAUGAAGCCACUGGAGCUUCAUCUUCAGUAGCAGGUCUGCGUACAACUUUCCAAUCUAGGGAUUCUCACGUGAAGCUUAGGAUCAAGUCUUUCAGGGUGCCAGAGCUUUUUAUUGAAAUGCCAGAAACUGCAAGUGUUGGUUCAUUGAAGAGAAGGGUUAUGGAGGCAGUGAAUGCCAUAUUUGGAGGUGGAUUACGUGUUGGCGUACUUCUUCAGGGGAAGAAGGUUAGAGAUGACAGCAAAACGCUACUUCAAACUGAAGUAUCUCAUUAUAAUCAACUUGAUGCCUUGGGUUUUAGCCUGGAGCCCAACACUUCACAGACUCCCCCAAUUCUGUGCUCUGGAGAUUCUCCAUUUAUGCUUUCUUGUGAUAAACCUCAGCCUCUUAGCAGGUAUACAUCUUCUCCGAGUAUCAUUCACCAGGGGAAUUGCGAUGUUGCACCUGAGCAGCAUGUGACUAAUAUAGGCAACUUCGUUGAAAGUGAUCAUGAUUCAGCACCCUCUCCUACUGACAUGUCAAUUGACAAAAGCACAAAGGAUUCUAAAGCACUGGUUACUGUUCCAGCAGUGAGUGUGGAGGCUCUUGCUGUUGUUCCAGUCCACCGGAAAUCUAAGCGUUCUGAGAUUGUACAACGCCGAAUUCGUCGACCUUUCUCUGUUGCUGAAGUUGAAGCACUCGUUCAAGCAGUUGAGAAACUUGGAACUGGAAGGUGGCGCGAUGUCAAACUGCGAGCUUUUGACAGCGCCAAGCAUAGAACUUAUGUGGAUUUGAAGGACAAAUGGAAAACGCUAGUACACACAGCAAGAAUAUCCCCUCAACAAAGGAGGGGAGAGCCUGUCCCUCAGGAACUUUUGGAUAGGGUUCUAACUGCCCAUGCUUAUUGGUCUCAGCAACAAGCCAAACAACAACUCAAGCCACAACCCGAGACUUGCCUUCUCCUGUGAGUCUUGAUGGGUUUAGAGAAGGAUGGUCUAAUUGGAUAUAUUUUCAUUUCAUUUCUGUGUAUUUUUGUUUCAAUUUAUGUAAAAAGUUAUCGAAAGGAAUAGAAGUAUGAAGAUAUCUAUGUUAUAUUAUCUCUCUGCCCUCAGCUCUGCCAUGACUCUUUUCCUUCUCGGAGAGGCCUGGUGACUGUAAAUGACUGACAGAAUAAGAGCUUGCUAACAGAAGGAAUUCAUUUGUGGAAAUGAAUUGAUCAUCCAUCAUCUUCAAGUUGCUCCAUCAUCUUCAAGUUGCUCAGUGAUUGUAAUCUUUCACUUUUACUUGUUUAGCCUUUAGCUUUGUUGUCAAUAUUCUUACUGUUGCUUUUUCUUAAUGGCAAGAAGAUUGAUAUUUAGCACCAAUAAAAUUAGUUUUACUGUUGCUUUAUUACCA